GUAGCACUUCUCUUGUCAGCCAACCUCGCCACAGUUGCUUCGCGCAGGACCCAAGUGAAGCCUACAUGUUAACGAGGUUCAUACGUUUAAUUUCAAAGCAAAGGUGCAUUUACUCUGUUCGCGACGUGUCGGACCCCCACGAACAAACCUCUACUGGUACGUUUUGAGAAGGGACGGAAGACGUUUCACAUCGCUGGAGGGACUCCUGUCAUCAUCCCGUGGUAUCCCUGGAUGUGCUUGUUUGAGCUUGAUUUGCUGGAUUUGAGACUCUGCAGUGACAGACAGACUCGGAGCCGGGCGCUGGCAUCUCCAUUUCCCUCUCUCCCCUGCUCACAGAGCUGGGCCCAGCACAUCCAGAUGGACCUCCAUCGUGCCCCCUUCAAGAUGGAUAGCCCCUCUUACCUGCCCAACCCCCUGGCAUCCCCUGCCCUCAUGGUCCUGGCCUCCACUGCAGAGGCCGGUCGUGACGCCUCCAUCCCAUGCCAGCCUCCGCGGCCGUUCGGAGUGCCCGUGUCGAUGGAAAAAGACGUGCACCUGCCCUUCGCCGGAGGCGCCUACACCUUCACCUCCAUGUACCACCACCGGCAGGGGGCCAUGCCGGGAGGCUUCCCCGGCCGAGACUUCCCAGCCUCCCUGCUGCACCUCCACCCGCAGUUCGCCCCUCCCAACCUGGACUGCUCCCCCCUGGGGAUUCUCAACCACGGUGGGGUGGGCGCCUUCCGGCCCUUCUCCUCCCCGCCGGAGGAGCGUGACGGGGCCUCCUACCAGUCUGCCUUCACCCCCGCCGCCAAGAGGCUGAAGGCCUGCCUGGAGCCCGAGACGUCUCCCCACCUGCGCUACACUGAUGUUGAGGGGAAGGAGUACGACUUCGCUGUGGGCACUCACGUGCCCUCGUGUUCGCCGGGCUCGAGGCAGUCUGGUGAGGAUGCUGGGAAGAAGCUGUACUCCAUGUCGGGCCUGCUGUCGGAUGGAGAGGCCUCGUCCAGCCCAGAGGAGCGAAAAGAGCUCUCCAAGGUCAAAGGUCGCUGUGAGCCCGGCCAGGUGCCCGUGUGCCCCAUCUGCCAGGUGAUGCUGCGGCCGGGGGAGCUGCAGAGUCACAUGGAACAGGAAAUGGAGCGCCUCGCCCAGCUACAUCUCAGUAAAAGUCCCAUGCAGAAGGACUCUCUCACAGCACUGACACCUAAGUCUUUGCUGAUAGCAAUGCAUAUUAAGCGUGAGGGAGAUCCACCAAUUACCACACACCCUUUACAGCCUACAGAGGAUGUUCUUCUCUCUGACAGAUAUCAGACUUUUCUGCGAGUGAGGGCAAAUAGGCAAACAAGGCUGAAUGUUGAUGACCUCUGCUGGUGCAGGUGCUACGCCAAAGAGGGUAUUAAAGCGGCCUCUCGGCCUCGCGACGGAACCCCCCUCCCCCCUCGCCCCGCUCCAGCCGUGCGGAUCGGGAAGUUCGGAAAGAGACAGAAAACUGAAGAGAGCCAGAGGGAUGGAGUGUGUGUGGGAGAGGACGUUUCUGUGGACAUUGGCAGGGAGGACUACAUGUGGAGUGAGAAGAAGAGGCAGCACAUGGCCUCAUUCCUCAGGGGAAUUAAAGGUGUUGGCUUUGUCAGCAGCACCUCGAAAGAGAAUCACGACAGUGACGCAGACCUGGAUGUGGACGGAGAUGACACUCUGGAAUAUGGCAAAGCACAAUACACUGAGGUCGACGUCAUCCCAUGUUCAGGAGAAGACGGGCGGAAGGCCGCGGAGAGAGAAGCACGGAAAGCAGCAGCGUUAAAUGGAGGGGUGACACCACCAGGCAGUGGUCACUCAGAAUGCUCCAAGUGGACAGCUGAGGAGGCUCCAUCGACGAGCAACGGAGAGAACAGCAAACUGGACAGCAGUGGCACAAACUUCCUGCAGGGCACCUGUAAAAACAGCACCAUAGACAUCCUGUCUAAGGACUCCGGUCUGACCACCCUGGAGGCCCUGAAGUGUCGCAUACGGGAUCUGGAGAAACAGCUGUCACGGGGCGACAGAUACAAGUGUCUUAUCUGCAUGGACUGCUACACGAUACCUCUCACCUCCAUCCAGUGCUGGCACGUCCACUGUGAGGAGUGCUGGCUCAGGACUCUGGGGGCUAAGAAGCUUUGUCCGCAGUGCAACACCAUCACAUCACCCGGGGACCUGCGGCGUGUGUAUCUGUGAGUGGGAUCUAAGGGACAGUUGGCCUCCUUCCCCUGCCACUUCUCCAGUACUAACCAUCGAGGUCUCUACCACUCCUGUAGUAACGGUCAAGGCCUGUACCGCUAUUGUGUUGGACGUCAGGCCUGCACCACUCCAGUGUUGACCAUUAGGCCUUCACAAGCAGCUCCAGCAUUAAUUGACAAGGCCUGCAGCACUAGUGUUGACCAUCAGGCCUAAACCACUUCAGUGUUGACCAUCAGGCCUAAACCACUUCAGUAUUGACCAUCAGGCCUAAACCUUGAAGGCCCCAACAACUCCGGUGUCCAACUACCAGCCCACCACAGGGUUGACUGACAGAGCCUAAACCACUUCAGUGUUGUCAGGUCUUCAUGGCUCCAGUGUUGACCAUCAGGCCUGUCGAACCACAGUGAACCGACAGAGCCAAUAUCACUUCUCCACCUCUUGACUGUCAAGUCUUCAUGACUCCAGUGUUGACCAUCCGAGCCUCCUGCAACACUAACCAAGGAGGACAGACUAAAUAAGGCAUUGUGGGAAAGCAGUAAUAUAGCAAUAUGGCAGUGCUGCGAUGGAGACCUGUUUCAUACGUAAGCUUUCACAGGAUCAAGACUCUUUUUGCCCCCCUCUGCUUCCACUAACUCUCUACGGUCCGAGUGUCUGAAGACAGACAUAGAUUGUCAAUGGUUAACCCUUGUUGUGACUGACUCAGAAACUCUUAAAUGUCUCAUAUUUUUAUCGAGCAAACCAGCUUCAAACUGAGAUUACCAGCUAUUUUUUGCCGUUCACGUUUUUACCAAUUGAUAGGUCUGAGAAGCACAUGCAUUAUUAUGUGGUGAAUGUUUACAAGGAUUAAUGUAUAUAUUUGUACAUAUGUAUUCAUAUUCCAGUCUAAAAAUAAGCAACAUGACAGCUAGGAAUCAUAAUGACUACAUUAUACUGUAACAGGGGGUGUUUCCUUUGAUGUGUUGUUGCCAUAACACCAAGAAAUAAUCAUUCCACUUUUGUACACAAAGCAUUUAAAUAUAUAGGCCUACAUAUUCAUCAUUCCUAACCUUUUGAUGUUGGACUUCUUAUUUACUUGAUAGAAUGAUGUGAGGGUUUACUCAUUAUGCAGGUAGAUGUCAAUCUCAAUUUAAGAAAGAGAGAGAGAGGUUCUAGAGGACUUCUUUCUCCUCUGUCAAGAUUCAUGCAUUUAAAAUAUCUCCUUACAGCAAACAAGACACUUUGCUAUCCAUAUUUCCCAAGUUCUUAGACAUAUCACACAUAACAAUCUAUUUGUAAUUCUAAGGUUUACAUAGUUUGCCACUCUUGAAUAUGUGUCUUUAAACACUGGUCUGUGUUAGAAUAAAACAGCAAUGGGAACAUGUCUUAACCAAUGGGGUGUUACAUUUUGCGUAGGCUAAGAAUCGCCUAACGCUGAUUAUGACCAUGUGUAUAGAUCUGUCUGUGUGUGUUGCAGGAGUCGGCAUUCUGAGGACCUUUCAUGUGUCCUUCAAGGCCUCUGGUGUUUUUGUUUGUUUGUCUUUUUUCGUAUGCUGUGUUCUUUCCACGGGCAAACUCAAAAAAGGGUGUUAAUAAAAUGUCAAGCCUUAUGGAGUGAUUUUAAGAUGUUUUUCUCUUUAAAUGUGAUAAUAUAUGAGGAGAAUGCUCUAAUGUGGUAUUUUUAGCAAUAGUCAGCUGAUGUCAGAAUAUUGUACUAAAACUAUUAAGUAUUUCAUAGUUUGGAAAAAGAAUAUUUUAAUGUAAAUAUGUCAUCAUUUAAAUAAGGUAAAAAAAACACACUUGGGAAACAAGACAUUUGACAAAGAUGUAUUUUGUAUUUCAAAAAUU